CCCUCUUAAAUUGUGGAGAGGAGUUAUUCCCUUCUCGCGUGUGGUGUGCGCUGCCAUCCUCCGCGAGGGGCGAUCGACAUUCCCAAUCCCAGCAUCGCUUCGUCGCCGAUCCCAGGUUCCUUGCGGAGAUAUUGAGCUAAAAAUCGUGUCUUUUUUUCGGCCGCUUCUUUUUGCUUUUGCGGAUCACGGACCCCCCGUUACCCAAGUUUGGGUUUCUUUUCGUCUUCCGGGCUUCCAUGGAGGGAAAAAAAUGAGAGAGAGAGAGACGACGUUUUGGAUAGGUUUGAUGGGCUUUUGAGGCGUUGUUGAAUCAAGGAAUACAAAGUUCCGAUCUUUCCUAUGUUGUGGUCGUUCGCGAUUUUGUCUCGCUUGCAGAAACCGGAAUCCUUUCGAUCCAUGGGCGUUUGAUGUGAUUUCCCGGUCGUAGGAAAACAAUGCUUCUGUCUUCGUCUGUCUUCCUGAUGAGGGAAAUCACAUAACAGCGGUUCCUCUUUGUGUUAUUCCGAGGAUUCUUGGUUUACGUGCAGCAAUUCGACAAAGGUUUGGUUCUUUUGAAGCUCUUGUUUGUUGAGUACGUCACUUGGAGGGUGGGAAUUCAGGCUCCUGCAAUGGAAAUGUCAACUGACAACAUUCGGGGAUUUGCGUUGGCCCUCUCCUCGAGCUUUUUCAUCGGGUCAAGCUUUAUAGUAAAGAAGAUAGGUUUGAAGAAGGCAGGGAUGUACGGUGUCAGAGCAGGAUCUGGAGGGUUCUCGUACUUAUAUGAGCCUUUAUGGUGGCUUGGAAUGAUUACUAUGAUUGUUGGUGAGAUAGCUAAUUUUGCUGCUUAUGCAUUCGCUCCAGCAAUACUUGUUACUCCUUUGGGAGCUUUGAGUAUCAUUGUCAGUGCAGUACUAGCACAUUUCGUUUUGGAUGAGAAGCUCCACAUAUUUGGUGUCCUUGGUUGUGUUCUUUGUGUUGUGGGAUCUACAAGUAUAGUUCUACAUGCACCAAAAGAGAAAAACAUUGAGUCAGUGAAAGAAGUUUGGUACCUAGCUACAGAACCAGGUUUCAUUGUUUAUUCAUGUGUGGUUGUCAUCCUGGUAUUAGUCUUAAUUAUCAGAUUUGUUCCACGUUAUGGUCAAACACAUAUGAUCAUAUAUGUUGGAAUUUGCUCAUUGAUGGGUUCUUUGACGGUUAUGGGUGUCAAAGCAUUGGCCAUUGCCUUAAAGCUUACCUUUUCAGGAAUGAAUCAAUUUGUAUUUGCUCAGACAUGGUUUUUCACGGCUGUUGUGGUCAUUUGUUGUCUCCUGCAGUUGAAUUACCUAAACAAGGCUCUGGACAGUUUCAAUACUGCAGUGAUUUCUCCUGUCUACUAUGUGAUGUUCACAUCUCUUACUAUAUUUGCUAGCAUGAUCAUGUUCAAGGUAAUCUACGAGGACUGGGCUUCACAGAAUGCAUCACAGAUUGUCACGGAACUUUGCGGGUUUGUUACAAUUCUUUCAGGAACUUUCCUUCUGCAUAAGACCAAGGACAUGGGAGAAACUAUAGACCCAGAACCAACUAUAUUGUCAGAGACAGAACUUUCAAAUGAGACAGAAUUUUCAAACCACUAAAUACCCCUACUUCAAUUUCUCCAAUCAUUCUUAUGAUCCACCAAGUCUCUUGCGGAUGAAUUUGGGAUUCCCAGCCUUUUAUCUGUGGAUGUGACUUCUAGGCCAACUAAAUUCAUUAAGGUGCAACAAGGCAUGCUUCAGGAACUCAAAACACUGACACAGCUAGAGGUGAGUUUUCACACUUUCCUGGAUAAUAUGUGCAGCAAAAAAUUGUUCCGAGUAAAAUGAUUCUGAAAACUAGUCAGCAGACAACAAGACCCAUGAAUUGAAGCACUGCUUGUCCUAACUUUUGGGUGGAUAGGCCAUUUUAUUUUUUUCUGUACAUAUGAAGGCUUCUUGCAACUAAUUCUAGAUCAGAAUGAAGUAAAUACUUUU